AUGGAUAAUCAGAUAAAAUUUUUAUUAAAAAAUAUUAAAAAUAAUUUAAUAGAAAAGAUACUUCUACCGAAAGAAAAGAUAGAUGUAAAAUAUGCAAUAAAUAUAAUGAAAAUUAAAAUAAAAAAACAUAUUGAAUUAAAUAAUAAUUUUUUAGUGUUAUUUGAAAAAUUGGUUGAACAUUUAUUAAAUUUAAAUAAUACAGUUUUUAAUUUUAAAAUAACAAAAAAUAAUAAUGAUGUGCUAUGCGGAGAUGAAUUUUUAAAAAAAAAAGAGAAGGAGAAAUUUUUAAAAGAUAAAUUAAGAAAUGUGGAAAAUAUAAUUAAAAACAUAGCAAUAACAUUUGUAGAUUUUCAUAAUAACAGCAAGAUAUUAAAAGAAUUAUAUUUGUUCUUUUAUGUAUUUAUAUAUAAAUUUUCUUUUGAUACAAAUAUGUUAAAGAGUUACUUAUACAGUAAUAAUGAAAUAAAAAAUAGCAGUCAAAAAAAAAUAAGUAACGACACCAGUGCUUUUAUUUCUUUAAAUAAAAUAUGCGAAUAUGAAUUUAUACAUUUUUUCUCAAAAAAUGAAUUUCUAACUAAAUUUUAUUCAGACAAGGAUAUGAAUAAGAUUAUAAAAAUAUAUCUUUAUAAUAACUUAAAUUUUAAUUUUUUAAAAGAAAUUCAAGUUUUUUUUUUGUUAACUACUAUUUUGUAUUAUAUUGAAAAUGAUUUAAAACUAAAAAUAAACAUUUAUAAUUUAGCGAUAAAUAGUGCUUAUACACAUACAAUAAAUAUAAAAAAAUAUAUUUUAAUUCUUUCAUAUAAUUCAUAUAUAUGUACAAUGAAAAAAUUAUCAAACAUAUUUUAA